AUGGAGUCUUUUUCGAGCAUUAUUUCCCCGACAUACGCUCGCAGGCGACAAGCCUCACCUCCAUUGCGGACAAGCUGCUCCUCGAAGCACAAACUCAAUGGAGUCUUUUUCGAGCAUUAUGUCCCCAACAUACGCUCGCAAGCGACAAGCCUUACUCCGUUGCAGACAAGCUGCUCCUCAAAGGACAAACUCAAUGGAGUCUUUUUCGAGUAUUAUGUCCCCGACAUGCGCUCGCAGGCGACAAGCCUCACCUCCUUUGCAGACAAGCCGCUCCUCGAAGCACAAACUCAACGGAGUCUUUUUCGAGCAUUAUGUCCCCAACAUGUGCUCGUAGGCGACAAGCAUCACCUCCACUGA